AUGCGCGUUAUGGAGCGCACGUUCCGAGAGCAGCUCUUCUUCCUGGUGUUGUGUCUGUCUGUCCUCAAGGGAGACUCCAGAUAUAUUGAGAACAACGAGAUCUCAAAAGAUGAAUUAUAUUCAUUUUUCAACUCGGAACUCAGGAGAGAAACACCCGAGCAGUUGAUGUAUCGUCGACCUUUACUUUGCCUGGACAUGGUCGCAGUGGAGGGUCAGUUCACCUUCACAGCGGAGCAUCCUCAGCUCAGCUGUGCGGCUUUCCUCAUGGCAGAGCCCACUGAAGUGAUCAGUGUGGAUUAUGACAAGGUGGACAUCGACUGCAGGGGAGGGGACUUCAUCACGGUGUUUGACGGCUGGGUGAUGAAAGGAGAGAAGUUCCCCAGCUCCCAGGAUCACCCACUGCCUCUGUACGAGCGCUAUGUGGAUUACUGCGACUCGGGAUCACCGAGGAGAGGCGUGCGCUCCUCUCAGAACGUGGCCAUGGUCUUCUUCCGCAUUCACAGCGCUGGCAGCAGCUUCACUCUGACAGUCAGGAAACACAUCAACCCCUUCCCCUGUAAUGUCAUGUCCCAGUCACCAGAGGGCAGUUACACAAUGGUGAUCCCGCAGCAGCACAGAAACUGCAGCUUCUCCAUCAUAUAUCCAGUGGAGAUCGACAUCUCAGAGUUCAGCCUGGGACACUACAGCAACUUCCCCAAGAGGUCCAUGCCGGGAUGUGCAGAAUCUGGAGAUUUUGUGCAGUUGCUGGGAGGAAAUGCCAUUGACACGUCGAAGCUGCUGCCCGUCACAGACCUCUGCAUUUCCUUCACUGGUCCCACUCACAUGAAGAUUGGUUGUGAUAACACAGUGGUGAGGAUGGUGUCCAGCGGGAGGUUUGUCAACCGAGUGUCUUUCAGCUACCGGCUACUGGACAGCCAGGAACUUCAGACGAUCAAACUCAACAAUGUGGAAGAUUUCUGCUUCAACAACUGAUCCCAACAGGACAAUAAAAGUGACAAAUGUA